UUUUGGUGUGCUGCUUCUCCUUUGGAACGAGUAACGACACCUCGUUGCCGCAAAACCCUUCUUCCUUUCCUUGAUCUUGUUCCCGCCGGCGCUCUGUAGCAACUAGCAAAAUCCGGCGAACGGACAGCGGCAGCAGGAGGACAGCUUGAGUUUCCGAAAGGGCAACGACCGAGGCGGCGGACAGACUGACGGCGACUCCGUGACUGCGUCCUGAGAAGUGACUAGUCUCCUGGUGGGAUUGAGUAGCAAUGACACCAAACGUGAAGAGGCCUCGCCGGAAAUUGGUAGCUAGGCCAGUUACAUUCUCCCCAUUUGCGCGCUCAGCUGCUCACCUUGCGUCAGCUUACAUGAUUAAGCGUCAAAUGAUCGAGAACAAACUCCAUGAAUCGUGUCAACAUACUCCAAAUGGCAAGUGUUGCGGUCAGAGAAACAUCGAUGAGACAGACAGCGAUUCCGAUGAAGAAAGUUCUGAAGGGGUUGUGCAAGCGGAUUUCGCCUUCUUUGAUCCAAAACCAGACGACUUUCAUGGAGUGAAGACCUUAGUUCAAACUUUUCUUGAUAACGAGGAGUGGAAUUUGAGUGGUUUUGUAGAUUUGAUACUUGAACAGACUACAGUUGGGACAGUGGUUAAACUGGAGGAUGAGGACGAUGACGGGCUUUUCUCAGUAGUGACAGCCUUAAACUUGGGGAGAUACAAGGCAAGUGAUAUCUAUAUGCAGCUAGCUCUCGAAUUGGACCAUAAAUGUAUGAAGGAGCUAGAGGAGUAUAUUCUCAGUGUAUGCCACGAGAGUAACCUUGUGGAGCAGUUGAGAUUACUAUUCAGCAAGAGAGCACGGGAUGUUGGUCUCUUGGUGUCACAACGAGUGGUUAAUCUUCCUCCCCAGCUUUUGCCACCUCUUUAUGAUGCGCUCUUUGAUGAAGUGUCAUGGGCUGUAGAAGACGAGCCAACAGAGGAGCUUCGGAACUCCUUCCGCUUCAAGACCUAUUUGAUUGUUACUAAAAUUUAUAAGCAUAAGAAAGCAAAUGGUAAACUAGAGAAAAAAGCUGAUAAUGAAGAAGAGCCAGUAAUAUAUGUGAAGGCCGAGGACGAGCUUUUUCAUGAGCUGUCUUCAUGGUCGUUCAGUUUCCCUCUCAAAAUCCAGCAUGUGACCUCCAGUGAGGCAACUGAAGAACUACGUAUCAAUGGGGUUGGUUAUGGCAGUCGAAGCAGACAAAAUCCCCACAUUCCGACAGCAGUUGCGCUCUCUGAUCGACGAUGAACCCUGAGGUGCUGCAGCAGAGUUUAAUCAUUGUUUUCAUUUUCGACUCAGCUGUAUUAGUUUACGGAUUCUAGUGGUUUUACUACUUUCUUCCUAUCAUGAAAGGAUUUUGAUUUCUGGAAUGCAAUACCAGAAGUUACUAAUAUACUCAGGACUAAAGUUUUGGCCUUUUACUUUCAUUUCUCUGGUGGUCUUCUACUCUGCACAUUCUCACCAAUUUAACUCCGAAAGCUCUCUGUUCUGGCAAUCUCGUCGCGAUUGAUUCGAUAGGUUUCUUUUCUAGUUGGUGCAGCCUCAUGAUUCGAAACUGAACAAGUAG